UUUCUUCUGCUCAGUUAAAAAAAGGUCCUUGUAUAACUGCACUCCAGUUUGUCCCUUUUAAACACAACUCUCGCCCUUCAUUCUGUGACGCCCUUUGCUCUGCCCCAGUGAUAUUUGUGAGCAGAGUGGAGCUAAACUUAGCCCUGACAGUACCACACCUCAUCACAACAUACUCUGCAGACCACACUGGGUUACAAUGGAUGGUGUUGUGUUACCACAGAUGUUGCUGUAUCUCACCGCUGACGCCGGCCAAACAAGAUGUAGACUUAAAGACUGCAGGUUUUUCUGUCUUUCACUGUCUGCACUUGUAUUCCUCUCUGUCGCGAUGGGCAACUAUAGCUCAGCCCUCAUUCCUGAGAUUGAAGAGUUUGAUUCAAUUGUGUCAAUUGCGGAGAAGCUGAAUGAGCAGGUAGCUCAUGCUGCAGAUGAGAGGUUACAGUCAGAGCUUCAGACUCUGGUAACACUCAUGAUGGAGAAGGAAAGAAAAGAAAAUCAGAGUGAAGAGCUGGAUUAUUUAACCCUUCAAGAAAACUCUCAGGAAACAAGUCACAAUGGGUCUGCCCUGCCUGUAGCAACAGGGCCCAAAAAUGUGCCCACACAGUCCUUCUCCUCUCUGUUACCAAAGGCUCUCUCUGCUGUGCUGCAUCCGACGCUGCCCCCAAGCCUCAACCCCGUCCCCCAGCCCAGCAAAGAUCCGGCGAAACACGCUUCACCAAACCUGGAACAACUGCAGACAGAACUGAGAGACCUGAGGGACCAGUUUGAUCAGAUGAAGAGUCAGCACAACAAAGAAAUUAAACUUCUGAUGAAUGAGCUUGAUGAGGAGAAAAGGAUUCGCUUGACUUUACAGAUGGAGGUCCAACGUAUGAAGAAACACAUGUCUAAAUGAGUAGAGAACUUCACCAUCAUCAAAGACAAGAGAUCUGGAUUUGACACGUUUUAAAGGUCCUGCUGUACACUUAUCUGAUAAAUGAUAUUUUUCUAAGUUUUAAAAAAUCCUCCUUGCUCCUUUUUGAUGAAAAGGUAUCUUAUUUUUUAGAAAACACUUCUCUUAGGUGGUCAUUUUAUUCACUUUUUUGGUGGACUUGUUGGGCUGGCCAAGAGGACUGAAUGUUUUUAGUGAGUCAGUGCUGAAAGUGCAAACGUGAGGCACAGUGGGAGCAGACUUGAGGUGAGAGCCUGCAAAAAAACAAACUGUCCCUUGAUCCGACAUCACACUGAGAGGAGUAUCUGUUGGCCGUUCUCUCUGGAAAUGAGCAGCGCAUGGCCCUGUUAUGCAUUCAAUUUGCUUUAUUUAUUUCUAUAGAUGGACUCUUAAUGACUGUGGCAUCUUUAGCAUCUUGUGGUGGGGGAAAUAUUUAUAUAAGUAUCUUGAGGUUUCCAUAUAGAGAAAAAAAUGUGUUUUCUGUUUCUCAUGGGAACCCAGAUUUGUAAUGAAUGUUGGGUAUGUGUUGGAGAUCAUCACUGUUGAAUUGGUUUUUAAUACUUUUUCGUUUAUCCAAUAAAACAUUUGACAAGAGAAAUGAGCAGAGAGGAGAGCCAGCAGUUAAUCUGCAGCUAUGGGGCUAAGCUACAAUUUGUUUAUAACUAUGUGAUGUGGAGGCACAAACAUGAAGCUUCUGUCAUAUUUUAGGAGCAUUUAGUUUUCAAAAAUGUAACAUUUUGCCUUUUGAUGGUACAGAAAAUUGACUGACCAAGCUGUCAGUUAAUUCAUCAGUUGUUGAUGUGUGGGAGCAUUGUGAACUCAUUAAAGAUGUUUGCCAUUAUUGUCUUGAUAUUUUAGUAAUAGUUAAGGAUGAAUCUAUAUACACAAAUAAAUAUUUUGAAUACUUUUGAAA